AUGGCGACACAGACGACACCGACGACGACGACGACACAGCCGGGCCUGACCGAGGAGCAGGUCGACGACCUCCUGUUCGCCGCACGCGUCGGCGAUCUCGAGGACGUGGCCGCCUUCCUCGAUCCCACCAUCGCAUCCGCCACCGCUUCCGGCGAUGAGGCGCAAAUAGCCCAGCUGCUCCUCUCGAUCAAGAACGACUCGGACAAUACCCUGCUUCACUACUGCUCCGCCAAUGGCCAUCUCGACCUGGUCAACUACCUCCUACCACACUCCAACCUCUCUUACCUGCUGCACCAGAACGCGUCGGGCAACACGGCGCUGCACUGGGCCGGUCUCAACGGCCACCUGCCCGUCGUCACGGCCCUCAUCGACCGCAUCGAGGCGUGCGAGCGCGCCCACCCAGACGAGGCCAGCAAGCUCAACCUCCUCCUCCACAUCCAGCCCUCGGGCGACGAGAAGCACGAGGAAGGAUCAGAGAGGAAGCUCUGGGACGUCCGCAACGCCGCCGGUCGCGGUCCCAUGAGCGAGGCGCAGAUGAACGAGAGGGAAGACGUCGUAAAGUACCUCCUCGAACGCAUGAUCGAGGGCGGCGCCGCGCCAGACGCUCCCGCCUCGACCGCCGACGCCGAGCAACAAGCACAGGACGGCAUCGAGGAAAAGACGGCCAAGCUCAGAGUCGGCGAUGAGGCGUGA